GGCUGUGCUGGGGCGUCUGCCCGAGGCGGGGUCUUGGCCCUUCUCAACCUUGGGACCAGGUCUUUGAUCACCGGGGCAGCAGCGCCAAGGCUGUAUUUACUCUCCCCGCUUAAUGCGAGCUCCGUGUGCUUUGCGGAUGCUUCUCCCUGGGCGCCUGAUCCCAGCCGCCGCCUCUGCCACCCGCGGCUUUCCAGCCGCCGGGCGGAGCGGAGCCUGCUCGACCGCCCGCUGCUGCCGCGGGGCCGGGCGGGGGGCGGAGAAGAGCCGGGGAGCGUGGGGCCCGCCCGCGGAGCCGCUAUAAAGCGGCGGCCGGGCCCGAGGGGAGCCGGUCGGUGCUCGCGCGAUGGCGAACCCGUCGCAGUGGCUGGAGGAAGGCGCCGGGCGGUGGCCGCCGCGGCCGCCCGGGCCGUACAGCGAGGCGCAGCGGCUGGCGCUGGAGGAGCUGGUGGCGGGCGGCCCCGAGGCGCUGCGCGCCUUCCUGCGGCGGGAGCAGCUGCCGCCGUUCCUCUCGGAGCCCGAGGUGCAGGCGAUCGCGCGGGGCGCGCUGCCGCCCGCCGCGGCCCCGGAGCCGGCGGCCGAGCCCUUCGCCGGCGCCUCCCUCGACGCCUCGUCGCUCACCUACUUCCCCGAGCGCUCGGACCUGGAGCCGCCGGCGCUGGAGCUGGGCUGGCCGGGCUUCGCCAGCGGCGCCUUCCGCGGGCUCACGCGGGUCGAGGCGCACUUCCAGCCCGGCUGCGGGGACAGCAUCUACGGCUGCAAGGAGGCGGUGCGGCGCCAGAUCCGCUCCGCGCGGCAGAUGAUUGCCCUGGUGAUGGAUUCCUUCACAGACACUGAUAUCUUCAAAGACCUCUUGGAAGCUUGUAGCCAGCGGCAAGUUAAAGCCUAUAUCCUUCUAGAUCAGUCUUCGUUUUCCCACUUUCUAAAAAUGUGCAAGGAUCUGGGAGUUGACCUUGAACAGGAAAAGUUGAUGAGAAUUCGAAAUAUCACGGGGAACACAUACUACAUGAGGUCGGGUGCCAAAAUUGUUGGAAAAGUCCGUGAGAAGUUCAUGUUAAUUGAUGGCAUUAGAGUGACAACAGGCUCCUACAGUUUCACGUGGACAGAUGGGAAGCUGAACAGCAGUAACAUUUUGAUCCUGUCAGGUCCUGCAGUCGCACAUUUUGACCUGGAAUUUCGGAUUCUUUAUGCACGGUCAAAGCCUAUCAACCUCAAAGAGUUAUCCAGCUGCAGGAAGAAUAAGGUGUUGGACCAGGUGGUCAGUAUAACAGUGGCUUCCAGAGACUUGACCAGGGAAAACUUCCUGAGAAUGGAGUUUUUGUAUCUUAGAGCGUUUGUAGGGAAUCUCAAAAGGAAGCGAAGCUGGCUGCAUGCCUCGAGGGAGGCUGUCUACCUGUCAAAUAAUGCAAUGCAUGCCUCUCCUCCACUGACUAAGAGGAAUGGUUCCCUAGUUAUGAGGCCACACUGGAUCAUAGAGAGAUGAAUUGCAUGUUCACUCAGAGUGAGAAGCAGAACCUCAGGAACCACAUCCACUUGUCCAUGUCCAGUAGUGCUGUCUCACAGAAUGUCCGUGAGAGCAGCUGGGAAACAAACCUUGAGCUGAGAGAAGUGAUCCUGGCAUUGUGGGUUUGUUCAAAGACUCCUAUAAUGCAGAUCAACACAUGCACUUAGGGUAUUGUCUUCAGCUCAGGUGUGUUUUUAGAAAAAAACCAAAACCCCUCUUAACACCUGGAAAGCCAUUAUUGACUUCUAGUAUCUGUCUUCUGUCAGAUUUUCAUCUUUCAACCAUUCUCACAUGUAUUCAGCUGAUGGGUUACCAGUGGCUUAGCCCAGUAACUCAAAUUGGUUUUUAAAGUAAUUUAGGUGUAGGAAAUACGUUGCUUAAAAGUCUUCCAAAGAUGAAUAGCAGGACUGCUGCACAGCACUGAAAUCAGUCCUGUGUGGCACGAGCUCCCUAUGAAUGUCUGAAUGACACAGAACUGAAGCAGAGUAACCAUAGUCUAGAAACUGAUAGAUCAGUACCAUGUUACUGGUCCUCAACUGUUACAUUAUCUUUAUGUGAGGCUGUGCUGCCUGGCGGGAUGAGGUAACACAUCAGGUGAACAAGGGUUUUGAUUGAAUUCCAAAUGACCUUUUCUUAAUUAUAAGAACGCUUGGCUUGCUGGACAUCAUGCAAUAAAUAUCUAGCUAAAUAGACACAGAUUUUUAGAAAAAAAACCCAAACCCUUUCUUAACACCUGGAAAGCCAUUACUGACUUCUAGUCAAUAUCUAGUCUAUCUAAAUAGAUAUUUAGAAAAGUUUAGAUAAAAAUCAAUAAAUAUCUAAAAUAUUUAUUAGUUGAGUAGAUCUGAAAUUUGUGAAGCUGCUGCUACUUCUCAAAAGCCUUACUUCAACCAGACAUGCAAUAAUGUAAAAAUCAGCAAUAGAACCAUUUAUUCUCAAGGUUUCAUGCAAGUUUGAUUCUUU